AUGAGGGUAGCCCUCAAUUCCGGGCGCUGGCAACUGCUGAGCUCAUGCAAAGCUCCUGGAAGCCUCGGUCGCGGAGAUAGAUGGUACACGACGCAGAACCUGGCCAAAGAUGGGCGGCCUUUGGCAUACACAUGGCUCACAAAGACAGCAGAAGAGACAACCCCAGACGACAUUCUGUCCAGUCUUCCUUCGGGGCCUGUGAGCCCAGCAGCUGCGCCCGCUUCUAUUCCUCUCCUCCUCGUUACUCCAAGCUUUGCCCACUGGCUCGAUUCAUCUAGCCCUUUCUUGUCACAAUUUUUAAGUCGCCUCUAUGGAAACUCCCCGGAGAAUGAUACUCUCUAUGCCGUUACAGCUGUGGUCGACGCACUUCCGAAUGCUACAUCCAAAAGCACCAAUUUAAGUGAGUCCGAAGGGCUGUCGCUUCUGAUAGUAGGGCAAUCAAGUGUCCAGGCAAAAACUGCACCACCCCGUCUCAUCCGAAGCUCUGCCAGUGAGGAAACCAACCUCUUGUUUUCAUUCCAACCCAAAGUGAUUGGUCAAAUCAGCAAGGGACCUGCGCACGAGGUCGGAUUGCGUCUAGCGAACACUAUAUUUGUCAAUGGGAGAGAAACAACGAUCUCUGGUACACGCUGGCUCUGGGAUAAACCCUCAAACGCAUAUACUUUGAACAGUUCGAUCGAUCUCACAAGCUGCAUGGUGACAACCACUUCCCAGGCUGUAGAUACCGCAUUGGAGUUGCCAUUGCAUCCAGUGACUGAACGACGAAGAGUCAUGACUAGCAUGGGAAAUAUUUUACGGCAACUAGCAAAAUCGACGGAUGUGACGUCAACGGAUACAAUGCCUGCUUCGUCGGAGCUCGAGAGGGAGCUUCCACGUUAUAUCGCAGAACACAAUAUCAUUGACCAGCGUGUAUCCGUCUGGGCGCUUGUCGAGAAACCUGACUUGGUGAUGGCUGAUUCAGGUUCAUCUACUCAUGAUCGCUUAAUCCAAUCUCUGCACCAAGGCGGGAAAUUGCACCGCGUCAUGAGCGGUGGAGGCGGAUGGGGAAAGAAGCAAGGCCUUCUUUCGCUAGAUCCUGAAGUCGGUUUCUCAGGGACUGCCAAUCAAGACGAUCUUGUCACACUGAGCCAAGUUUUUGACCCUGAUACCACAAAGUUGGAUACCCUCCCUUCUAUCGAUAAAGGGAUUACUGUAGAUGAUCUAUCUCUCCUUUCACAGGUUGCUACUGCAGGUGAUUAUAUUCAGUUCUUUGUGUCGGUAGAACCGACUGGGGCACAGGGCAGUGUUUCAAGCAAUAUUGACUUGCAGGAAGAGCCCAUCAGCUAUCACUUUGGAAUGGUAGCUGACUCCAUGAAAAUUGAGACACAUGCAACGGAUGAGGACAGUAAUGGAGUCAUUCCUCUGCCUCGCACUUUUGGAGCAUUGUCAGAGAAGGCGAUUGCGUACUCGCAGCCCAUCAAAGGAGAGGUGGUGUCGGAGUCGUGUACGAAGCUGAAUAUUCCAGGAUCUCGAGUUGUCCUCAAAACUGUAUAA